AUGUUGGUUAGUGGUGCCGUGGUCUGCCCCGGUACGGGAAUGCUCGUUAUGGCAAUCGAGGCCGUGCGGCAACUCGAAUCCUCCGAUCAACACCGGAAGAUUUCUGGCUUCACCAUUCGUGAUGCUCAGUUCCUUGCUCCUAUCAGAGUAGGGAAGACUGAACAAGACAACACGGAAGUUGAACUACAUCUUCGAAGAGUUCAAAAGGCUGAUGAAAAAGAGCCCACGUGGUCUGAAGUUCGCAUCUUCUCUUCUUUUGACGAAAGCUGGAGCGAGUGCUUCCGUGCUGAGAUCAAGGUGGAGCAUGAGGAGCAAGCCGGGUCUCGUGCUGAGGGCGAACUGCGACAAGAACAAGAAUAUAUCCAAGGCUACGUUGAGAAAGCCAGGGCUACUUGUACCGAGCACUGCGAGACGCAUGCCUUUUACAGAUACUGUAAGAAAAGCGGGCUUCAGUAUGGAAAGACCUUCCAACUACUCGACUCUAUUGCCUGGGAUCGGAGAAAUGCAUCCUCCGCCACCAUCAACAUGUCCAACGUAGAGUCUGGUGAUGUCGAUAGUCCAGUCCAUCCUGCAGUCCUGGAUGCAGCAUUCCAUCUGCUCCUGGCUCAGGUGUCUAAAGGUCUUGAUACAUCCACCGUUAUGCCGACACUGGUGCCAAAGAAGCUGGGCAAAGCGUGGAUCCCAGCCAAGAUAUGGUCUCAGGCCACAUCCUCGGUCUACUUGGCGUCUCACACUGCGGAAGACGAUCCGAUUUCUUCUUCUGCUGACUUAUUCGGAACGAUUAGAGCCACCGGAGACGACGGUUCGCCUUUGUGCAUAAUUGAAGACCUUGCUAUGGCUCAGAUUUCACGACCCGAGCCUCAGGAUAGCACCCAAGAUCGACCCCUUCUCUACGGGAUCUCAUGGAAGCCAAGACUCAGCAAUCUCAGGCCCAAGCAGUUGGAACAGAUCUGCAGCCAAGGUCGUGUAGUCUCUGACAACAGCUUGAUGAAGAGCUACUAUCCAAAGAUGGAACGCGUCUUGCGUUUAGCUGCCCGGAAGGCGGUCGCUGAGGUCACUGACGCUGAGCUCGCGCCCGGGCAUAUGCGCCAGUAUGCCCAGGCCCUCACCUAUCAGUACCAACUCCACAACCAGGGGCGAAAGCCGGAAUCUAUUAGCAAAUCGGCUCUAGAAUCCCUGCUGCAAGAGUGCGAUGCGGAGUGCCCUGAGUGGUUCCUAUUUCCCGCAGUUGCCCGGGCCUUGCCUUCCAUCCUGAGGGGCGAGACAGAUCCGUUGGAACUCAUGUUCGCCACCCGUGCUGCCGAUUUAUUCUACACAAGUCUCUUUGGAACACACAUGCGCGACGGUCGUUUCCAGGUCUUCCUUGAACUAGCGUCCCACGAGAAUCCACUGCUCGACAUCCUAGAAGUAGGAGCGGGAACAGGCGGCUUCACGCGGGAGAUUCUGAAUUGCCUGCAAUCGGUCGAGGACAAAACGGGGGCGUCGGCAUUCAGGAAGUACACAUUCACUGAUCUCUCACCCGGAUUCUUUGAUGCUGCACGUGUACAGUUCCAAGACCGCAUUGACAGAUUCGAGUUCAAGGUUCUUGAUGUGGAACAGGACCCUGAAGCGACGCCCGGUUCGGGGCUCGAGCAGGCAACUUACGACAUCAUCUUCGCAGGCAGCGUUUUGCACGCCACUUCGAAUCUCAUAACCAGCUUGACACACCUCAGGAAGUUGCUGAAGCCAGGUGGCUACCUCGUAUUCCAAGAAACAACAUCUACAGACAGCGCUUGCAUCAACGUCGGCUUCGGCUCUCUCAAAGGCUGGUGGCUUUCUACAGAGCCAUGGCGUCAGAACGGACCCCUGGCCGACGUCACCCGCUGGGAUGAACUUUUGCGAGACACUGGGUUUUCAGGCGUUGACCUUGCGCUACGUGACCACGAAGAUGAGGUGUGCCACUUCAGUACCGUGAUGAUUUCCAAGGCAGUUGCGGAACAGCAACGUGACGUUGAAAAUCACAACCAGCCCAGCCUUGUCUUUUUCCUUGACCAAGAGAGCGAGGCACAGAGGAAUAUUAUGGAGAAGGUUGGAAGCCUUGAGGUGAACAAAAAGGUGGUGCAACUUGACAAUCUCGAUGAGGGAUGGAGCAGUUCAGAAAACGAUGUCGUCGUGAGCCUUGUUGAAGUGGGCUCCCCGAAGCUCGCUGCUUUGGAUCCUGCCGGCUUCCGCAGAGUUCAAAGACUCAUCCAGGGUUCAAAAAACCUACUCUGGGUUACAGCUGCCCCCGAAAGGUCGGAUCCUGGCGCUCAGUUGAUCCCUGACCCUUACUCUUCUGUUGCGACCGGCUUCCUUCGUGGGAUUCGGUCCGAAGAAACCGACAAGCACAUUGUAUCUCUGGUCGCAGAAUCACACAUACCGGAGGGCAUUGACAAAUUUAUCAAUGAGGUGUUGGAGUCUUGCUUCUACAAUGCAAAUCCUUGUCCCGAAUUGGAGUUUAUUUUGAGGAACGGACACCUUACCGUAGGUCGCAUGGUUUUAGAAAAGGCGCUUGGGGAGGAACACAUCUCGCGUGUUCAGCCUCAGCUUCGAACGGAGCCAUGGUCGUCGGGCCCGCCGGUUCGGAUCCAGUUUGAGACGCCUGGAAUGCUCGAGUCGCUCCGCAUGGUUGAGGAUCCUGUCCCUAGGGAGCCGCUGGCGCCAGACGAGGUGGAGAUAUCAGCUUCCGUGUGGCCUCUCAGUUUCCGUGAUAUAUUCAUUGCUCUCGGAAAGCUGGGCAACGAGGCUCUUGGGUUUGAGUGCGCUGGAACUGUUUCCCGUGUUGGGUCGGCUUGCGCGAGCGAAUUCAACAUUGGAGAUAGAGUUGUCAUGGGCGUAUGCGGCUCGAUGCGUAGCCACCCACGAGGAAAAGCGCAUACUGUUCACAAAAUCCCGGACCACGUCAGUUUUAAUGACGCCGUCGCUGCUGUCAACCCGGCCAUUACUGCUUGGCAGGGUCUAGUGAAUAUCGCAAGACUUCAAAAGGGCGAAAGGGUUUUGAUUCACUCAGCGGCUGGUGCGACUGGGCAAAUGGGUGUUGGCAUUGCUAAGCUUGUAGGUGCCGAGAUAUUUGCUACAGUGAGCUCUGAAGAAAAGAAGCAGCUCCUGGUUGAAAAGUUUGACAUUCCUGAGAGCCACAUCUUCCACAGCCGCAGCACAUUCUUCGCCCAGGGAAUUAAACGCCUGACAAGCGGCUAUGGUGUAGAUGUCGUGCUCAACUCUUUGGCCGGCGACAGCCUAAGAGCAAGCUGGGAAUGCAUUGCCCCAUACGGCCGCUUCAUUGAGAUUGGAAAGACAGAUAUCCUAGCUAACUCGGCACUUCCCAUGUCUAGAUUUGCCAAUAACGUGACGUUUGCGGCUGUAAAUCUGUAUCAUAUUGUGCAGGCGAGUCCUAUGAUGAGCCGUGACCUGAUGGGCAAGAUUCUCGACCUUGUCUUCAAGGGUGAUUUGAACGUGCCCACGCCACUACACCUUUUCCCAAUGUCACAAACAGAAAAGGCUUUCCGAUUCAUGCAGAGUGGGAAAAACACCGGCCGAAUCCUGCUUGUGGCUUCAGGGGACGAGAAAGUCGAGAAGCAGGUGAUUCACAAAAGCACGUGGACAUUCAGUGCGGAUGCCUCAUACGUAAUUGCAGGAGGACUUGGUGGUCUGGGUCGCUACAUGAUUAAAUGGAUGGCAGAGAAAGGGGCACGGAACUUCAUUGUUCUCUCUCGAUCUGGCAUCUCAUCCCAGGCUGCUUUGGACACGGUACAAUGGUUAAAGGAGCGAGGCGCUUGUGUUGUAGCACCACGCUGUGAUGUGUCAUCUGCCAGUGCGGUAUCUCAGGUUUUGCGAGAGUGUGCGGGCUCGAUGCCUCCCAUCAAAGGCUGCAUCAAUUCGGCAAUGGCACUACAGGAUGCCGUGUUCUUCAAUAUGACACAUGGGCAGUGGGCCACGACGAUCGGAUCCAAGGUCCAUGCAAGCUGGAAUCUUCAUACCUUGCUCCCCAAGGACAUGGACUUCUUCAUCCUGCUCUCCUCGCUGGCAGGCAUCUAUGGCACCAUUGCACAAAGCAACUAUGCCGCGGGUUGCGCAUUCCAAGACGGUCUUGCACGCAUGCGCACCGCCGCUGGGAUGCCUGCCAGCAUAUCUCUCGAUCUCGGGUGGAUGGCUGAUGUCGGCAUCGUCAGCGAGCGGGCUGAGUAUCGUCGCAACCGCGAGAAGGUCCCCGACAUGUCAGCCGUCGCAGGAGCAGACCUGCUCGCUCUGCUCGACUACUACUGCGACCCCAAGCUGGCAGCGCAGUGGAUGAAACGGGGAUUGGAUCAGAGCCAGUUGCUGGUGGGUGCCUUGACGCCAGCCAACUUCACUGCCCAGGCCCAAGACAGCCCACCAGCGCUGCUCCGGCCACUCUUCCACGGCUUCACCAGGACAAGUUUGAAGAGCAGCACCGGGCAGGACAGUACGGGGGUCGACACCGCAGUCCAGCAGACUCCCGCCAUGCUGUUCCGUGCCGCAACGACACCGGAAGAGCGCAGUGCGGUCGUCGUCGAGGCCCUCAAGGUGAAGCUCGCGCGCGCACUGGACGUCGAGCCGGACUACGUUGCAGCAGAGAAGGCGCUGUCCGACUACGGCGUGGAUUCGCUCAUGGCUGUCGAGCUGCGCAACUGGAUCCGCAACGACUUUGGGGCCGCUGUGACAGUCUUCGACAUUAUGGGUGGCGCGGCGAUUGCGGCAGUGGGCGAGUUGGUGGUGGCCAAGGCGGCCAAGGCAACCAGCGAUGGAUCGUAG